AGAACUGGCCGCUUUCUCAUCUUCCUUUCUUUUCCCGUGGUUUGUCAGCAACCAAACAGAACCAGUUCGCUAGGCUCCACGAGUCCUCACUCAUAUGAGAAAACGUGAGAAAUCGACAAUGCGUUCGAAUUCAAAACUUCAAAGUCCAGCAUGCACUGAAGAUAGAAUCAGUGGAUUACCAGAUGAAAUUCUUUGCCACAUUCUUUCCUUCCUUCCAACAGUCCAGGCUGUUAGGACCACCAUUUUAUCACAUAGAUGGAACCAUGUGUGGGCUUCUGUUCCCAAUAUCGACCUAUGUGACGAUAUAGAAGAAUUUGAUCAGGAGCGUUUUGCAGGGUUUGUGGAUCAUGUACUUUCCUCACGGGGCAACUCGAGCAUUCAUAGAUUCCGUCUGCAUACUAAGUACAUGGCAGAAUUUCCAUGGUUGGAUGAUUGGAUUUGCACUGCCAUUACCCAUAAUGUUGUUGAACUCGAUGUUGAUCUUGCUCGGGACUCAUUUUCAUCCAAACCUUUUGAGUUGCCAAGAAGCCUUUACAUGUGUAAAACAUUGGUGGUUUUGAAGCUGAAGCUGCCCUCAAUUAUUACCUUUGCUCCUCACUCCGAUUGUUUCCCAAGUCUCAAGUUCCUCCAUGUUAAUGUAGCAUGUCCUGAUGCUGCUGACUCAAUGGGGAAGCUCUUUACUUGUUGCCCUGUACUUGAAGAUUUGACUAUUGAGGCAGAACCUGAUGGAGGUUCCGUUUUGAAUGUAAAUAUUUCUGCACCACAUUUAAAGAGACUGCGUAUGAAUGUGUUACUCUGUAUAAUUGGUGAAUAUUAUGAUUACAAGACUUUUAUUAAUGCCAAUACUCCAAAUCUUGAAAAGUUCAGUUUCGACGGCAAUGUUUUGGCAGUCUUUUCUUCAAAGGAUGCAAAAUCCCUAAAGAUAGCCAAGAAUAAUUUUGAGGGCCUGCAUGCGGGAUCUGAUGCUGCUGAGCUUUUACACAGGCAUUUUGCAGGAAUUGGCAACGUCGAAUAUCUGGUGGUUUCAGCACCUAUUUUUGGGGAUCCCCGCAUUGUAUAUCGCUAUCGUCUACCUAUGUUGAAUAAUUUAAAACGCCUGGUGCUACUUUUCCAGAGUUGCUGCUCUUGGCAAUCAUUGAUAAACUUUCUCUAUGCAUCGCCCAAUCUGGAAUCUCUUACCUUCAAUAAGCACGCCAAAUGUCUCAAACAGCACGACAAGGAUGAAUUAGUACAUGAAUGGACUCCACCUGAGUCUGUUCCUAUUUGUUUGUUGUCACACCUGAAGACUGUUCGAAUGCAAAGAUCCGUCGGGUCAGAUGAGAUGAAAGUGGCAGAGUACUUGUUGAAGCACAGUGAGGUUUUGGAUUACAUGAUAUUCUGUACUAGAGCUACAUAUUUAAGAGAAGAGAAGAAGUUAUGGGAUGAAGUUCAGAAGUUCCCGAGGGUUUCACAGACGUGCGAAAUUAUAUUCCCGAAGGUGUGCACUGAGAACUUCUAGGUUUUAAUUAUAUGGU